GCAGGGCUGCAGGCUGUUGCUUCAUACAAUUUGCUUAGGGGAGAAAACCAAAGAGGAGAUGCAUCGCGUGGAGAUCCUGCCUCCAGGAAACUGGGAGGACAAGAAGACGCAGCUGGUCACCAUUGCCUCGCUCCAGGCCUCAGUCCUCCCCAUGGUCACCAUGGUUGGAGUACAGCUUUCUCCCCCAGUUACUUUCCAACUCCGGGCUGGCUCAGGACCUGUGUUCCUCAGUGGCCAGGAGCGUUAUGAAACCUGGGAGGAGGAGGAGGAAGAAGAAGGGGAAGAGGAAGAAGAGGAAGAGGAGGAGGAAGAUGAUGAGGGUGAGGAUGUAGAUAUAUCUCUGGAGGAGGAAUCCCCUGUCAAACAAGGCAAAAGGCUGGUACCCCAGAAGCAGACGAGCAUGGCUAAGAAAAAAAAGCUGGAAAAGAACAAGAGGAAGUAAGGCCAAAGCCACACCCAGAUCCAAAAAGCCAGGAUUCAAGAAAUGAGGAGCUACGCUUUGGGGGCCACGAUGCAGAGUGGGCCUUCCCUGGCCUGUUCUGCAGGGACACGACACCCCUGCCCCACCCCUGCAUUUGUCUGAAUAUGACAGGGGUGUUGUGGGGGCAACACGAGAGCCCCUCACCCCCACUCUCCACUUUCAGGAGGCCUCGAGUGCAGACCCCCACCUCGGGUCACAAUAAAGUUGUCUGGUCAGGAAA